AUGCCCUUCACAGCGUAUCAGCAGUUAGCAAAGGAGGAACAGGGAGACGACCAUUCUGUGUCCUCUGUCCAAGGCCAAAGUUAUAUCACCUCCCGUUUUCUACCAUUCAACAUUGGCUUCUUCUGCCUUUCUCUGACCAUCUCGCUGUGGUCUGUUCGCCAUGUCUACUACCUGUCGCAUAAUGUGAACAAUAGCUUAUUAAAAGCCACAUCGACUUACUCACCCGUGUUCGAUCACCUCGAUAUGCCGCUCAGGACAAUCAAGUCCAACAACUCUUUUUGGCCACAAAACCCCCCCUCCAUCUUCCAGCUCCCACCCAGUCCUGAGGUCGACGCUGCCUGGGAGCGCAUCUCUGACACUCAUGCACUGGUGAUCCGUCGCGAGGAGCUGGUCCGGAUGGGCCGUGACCCAGCUGAGCAGUGGCCCUGGCCGAAGGAAUACGGCUAUGGUGAGGAUGCGUACAUGGGCUUACUUGAUGUUUUCCACCAGCUGCAUUGUCUAAAUGAGCUACGGAUGGCAGCAUAUCCAGACUACUACAAUAAAGCAGCUGAUGAGCAUGCUCAGAAUGCUCAUAAAGCAGCAGGAAAAGUUCAUUUUACUCGUGGCGGACACAAUCUCCAUUGCCAGUAUGCAUUACUGCAGUUUAUCCUCUGCCACGCAGAUGUUAGCGUUAUCACCUUCAACUAUGUCGAGGGUAUACGCGGCCCGAUGGCGGAUUUCAGCAUCAACCAUCAAUGCCGCGACUUUGACUCGCUACUGCAGUGGAAGCUAGACCAUCAGGUCAACGUGACGAAUGAGGAGUGGCAAUUAAUCAAUAGGGUGCCGGAGGGGACGCGUCAGCUGAGGGGCGAGGGGAGAGCAUGGCCGUUUGGGCAGGAGACAGAAAGUUGA